AUGGCGACUGUAUUCUGGGAUCAGGAGGGGAUCCUUCUGUUGGAUUGGCUGCCCCCCAGUACGACCUUCGACAGUGAUCGGUACUGCAAUUCACGGCGCCAACUGCGCCGACGCAUUCAGCAACGCCGCCACGGAAAAUGGGGGCGCGGCGUUCUUUUCAAACAAGACAAUGCGCGGCCACAUGGCAGUCGGCAGACCUUUGCCACCCUGGGUGCUCUAGGGUACACCGUGCUGCCUCAUCCGCCAUACUCGUCCGAUCUUGCCCCUAGCGACUACGCUCUAUUCGAUGAAACGAAAGACGUCAUGCGAGGUAAGACGUUCUCCUCCAGCGACGAGCUUCAGGCAGUUGUCCAGCAGUGGUGCCGGGAUACCCCUAAAGAAUGGUUUGCUGUGUAA